GCGUGCCGGGAACGUGCUGCGGCGCCGCGCCCGCAGCCAGAUGGAGCCCGACGGCGCGACCACAAAUCAGACGCAAACAGAAUCUCUAUCUCCGUCUCCCAACACUGUGUCACCGGUGCCUUUAAAUAAUCCAACCAGUGCCCCAAGGUUUGGAACAGUUAUUCCUAAUCGCAUCUUUGUAGGAGGAAUUGAUUUUAAGACUAAUGAAAAUGACCUAAGGAAGUUCUUUGCACAGUAUGGCUGUGUGAAAGAGGUGAAGAUAGUAAAUGACAGAGCUGGAGUAUCAAAAGGGUAUGGCUUCAUCACUUUCGAAACCCAAGAAGAUGCACAAAAGAUUUUACAAGAGGCUGAAAAACUUAAUUAUAAGGAUAAGAAAUUGAAUAUUGGUCCAGCAAUAAGAAAACAGCAAAUAGGGAUUCCUCGGUCAAGUGUAAUGCCAGCAGCUGGAACAAUGUACCUAACUACUUCAACUGGAUAUCCUUAUACUUACCACAAUGGAGUGGCUUAUUUUCAUACUCCCGAAAUUGCUUCUGUUCCACAGCCAUGGCCUUCACGCUCUGUUUCCAGUUCACCAGUGAUGGUAGCUCAACCGGUUUAUCAGCCUCCUACAUAUCAUUAUCAGGCACCAACACAGUGUCUUCCAAGUCAGUGGCAGUGGAGUGUUCCACAGUCUCCUGCCUCUUCACCCUCGUUCUUCUAUCUGCACCCAUCUGAAGUCAUUUAUCAGCCAAUAGAGAUUACCCAGGAAGGUGGAUGUAUACCUGCUCCUCUCUCUCUAGUGGAAGCUGCAGUUCCUGAGCCAUAUUCUGAUCAUGGAGUUCAAGCAACGUAUCACCAGCUUUACGCCCAGAGUGCCAUAGCCAUGCCAGCACCCGUGAUUCAAACUGAGCCAGUUAAAGAACCAAGGUUACAUUCUGUGAGAAGAAAUUUUUCUCAUCCUUCGUCUGUGAGUCUGAAACCUCGAUAUACACGAAGCCCCCAUUUUCAUCCUAGAAAAGAUUAUAGAGUGGAAGAUAAAAUUCUUACGUCACCUUCUUCUACAGAUUCAGUAAAAUAGAUUUUUAGCUUUCUGCCUUGCUAAUGUACUUGUCAUGUGGAGGGUUUGUAGUUCAGCUUCUAGCAUUUGCCUGAAUGUGCCUAAAUUGAAACAUUACUGCUUUUCAUAGAGUAAUAAAGUGAAAUCUUUCAGCUUGGAUGGGCAAACACAUGAAAUGCAGGAUAAAAUCAUGGUUUCCUUUCUUAAUAAAAAUACUUUUAGAGGACAACAUUGUAAUUUGUGAUACACAGACUACUAUAUAUACGUUACUUGGUAACGUAGAUUAUAAAACAACAUACUUUAUUAAAACGGAAAACUUAACAUGUCAAUUCUGGACUACAUUCAUUAAAAGUACCACUAGUUGCAAAGUAAAAGCCACCUACAUGCAUA